AUGCUGUCGACGCCCUCGAGCUCCACCUCGAGUCUCUCGAGCCUUGCCCCAGCCCGCCCUAUCUCACCCUCGGGGCGCCGCACCCCGCCGGGCCCCCGCAUGGGCACGGCCGGCCGGUUGUCCUCGUCGCCGACGCCGGCGCGGAAGGCGCAGAGGCCCAAUAUCAAGACAAACCCGGCCGCCGCGGGAAGGCGGGCGGGCUCCCGCUCUCCAGUGGGCGCUGUGGCCUCGUCGACGGGCCCCUCCGGCGCACCUGACGGCGAGAAGCUCGCUACGCCCCCACCGUCACCGUCCUCCGUCAGACACCAGGCGUCUGACCCUUGUGUGAAGGCGCCCGCGUCACCGCCUCCGGUCCUCCGCGCUCGUACAACGGUCACGCCUCCCUCGCCUGAGGCCGCCCGGAAGCAGUCGGUGUUCCCGAAGCUGGUUCCCCCGUCUUCGCCUCCCUUGAGAGCCUCCUCCACUUUCUCCUCGCACAUCUCGCCCCCUCCCGACGCCCGCCUCGCCCAGAGGAGCGUGUCGCCGCCCAACCUCGCGGCCGGAGGGAAGUCCCGCCACUCCAUCGUGUCCAUGCACUCCCUGGAAUCGAUUCCUGAGCUGGACAGCGACGGCCACACCUCCGCCGCCGACACCCUGGAGCGGAAGGGCGCUAAAGUGGCCGCGGGGACCGCGUGUGGCCAGGCGGCCUCGCCGAGCAGCCGGCACUCCGCCCCCGAAACAGCCUUCCCGGAGCGGCAUGUGCCGAUGGGCGGCGUCACCGGCCACAAGAGGUCCACCUCCCUCACGCCUGUACACGAGGAGAAGCUUUCGCACUCUGCCAAAGCGCCGCAGGUGAACCUGAAGGCCCAAGUCGCUACAGCGCCCCCUCGGUCGCGGGCGGACGAAGACUUUAAGCUCGCGUCUGGAGCACCAGAGGCGAGGACACAACAGGAGGCUGCUAAAAAAGAUGCGAAGAGAGCCGCCCCCGAGGAUGAUAAAUCCAUCCAACACGUCAGGAUCGAAGGGAAAGUGGCGAAGGACACGAGAGCCGACCUCAGCGCGGGCUGGAACCGCCCAACGUCACCCAUCGAAACGAUCGAGGCGAGCGAGACCACGACCCACGUAGUCAUCAGGAUUCCCCUCCGACGCAGCGCCUCCAGCGGCGUCAUCGGCGAGGAGAAGAGAGUCUCGAUCGAGUUCCUGCCGGAGCAAGAGAAAGGGAGCGGCCGCAGGAUGAGGUCCGUGUCCACGCCGAGAGAAGUCACGCGGGAGGCCAUUUGCGACUCCUUCCGAGACCCGAAGGACUCCAUCGGCCUCGCCAGGAAUCGGUCCUUGACAGGAAGACGCGAGAGUCGCGCCGAAGGGAAGAAGGAUGACUCAUCGGACAACGGCGGGAGGGUGCGGGUCCGGCGGCGGAGGACACGCAGCAGGUCUCGAGUCUCGGAGGCCAGGACCGAUGGCAGCGCCGCGCCGGCGGCCUCCUCGCCCGACCCCGCGGCAGGCGCGGCGACGGCCGCUGGCUCCCGAGGCAGGUCUUUGAGCGGCGAAAGAUCGCCAGGUCAGCAGGGACGGCCCACCGUCGUGCCUGCGGCUAGCGAAGACCCAAAGGCGAAGGAAGCAGCGGAGGGACAAGUACGACCUCCGCCGCGCCAGAGGUCCCUCUCAAGGGGCCCAGAUCGGAGGACGACACGGGCAGUCACGCCGGCCGAUGUCCAGCAGGCCAACAGCGCACAAGACCCGACGAACGACGAAGGGGCCCCGAGGCGGCGUCGCACGCAGUCCUCCUCCAGAGUGCCAAGCUCGACGGCGAACGGGACCGACGCGGCAGGAACUGGGGGCUCCCAAAGGCCCUCUCGGAGGAGGUCGUCCUCCGGCACCAGGCAACCCGCGACCCUUCCGAGCGCCCCGAAGCCAGGCGACAAGAAGGAGGAAGAACAGAAACCUGCUGCAAAGGAAAGCACCGAAGAAAAGACAACGACCACCGCCUCCGACGCUCGCGAAACCACGACCGCUGAACACAAGAACCUCCCCGACGAAGGCAGCGCGACAGGGCCCCCUCGACGCCUCGAACGGGAGGGCUCGGCCAAGGGACCAAUCAAGAAGCGCUCGGUCCUGAUCCAGACGCACGUGAUCAAGUCCGCCUCCAGGUCGUGCCAGGCCGACCUCGAGGCGCCCGAAAAGCGAGCUCUGGACCAGUGCAAGCAAGAGCUCGCCGCCCAGGAGGAACGCUACCAGAAGCAGGUGGAUCAGCUGACCAUCUCCCUGGCCGAGAAGCAGCAGGAGCUCAGCAGGCUGACGCAGCAGCUGGAGGAGGUGAAGAGGACGUAUGUGGACCCCGUGGCGAUGCAAAGGAAGAUGGACGAGAUGCAACUUGAAGUCCGCGAGCAAGUGGGCCAGGCCGAAAGCCUCAAGGUGGAACUCCAGUACUCCAAGAACGAGGUUGAGCUGCACAAGAUGAGACUCCAAAGGCUUGAGGAGGACCUUGAAGCAGCGAAGGAGAAAAACCAGUCACUUCAAACCCAACUCGCAGCUGAAAAUAAGAGCGACAGAAUCGAAGAGCUCGAGCUUCGUCUCCGCGUGAUGGAUGAGCGCCUGAGAGCUGGCCAGCAGGACAAGGAGAAGCUCAACAAACAGAUUCUCGAGAUGGAGGCUGAGAGAGACGAGGAGAUCAAGAUUAUUCAGGAUGCCUUGGACGAAGCGGCAGCAGAACGGGAAGAACUCAUCGCCACGUUCGAGAAGGAACUGCAGAACAUGACUACGAUGAACAGCACGCGAGAGCAACAGCUGAUGGAGGACUUCGAAUGGAUGGAUCAUUAG